AUGCCGGUGGAACUGCGACCUAGAAGGUCGAAGGCUACCGCGUCUGCAGAGUCGGCCGCGGUCGAGGAGACGCCCAAGCCCAAGGUUGCGAAGACCCCAAGGUCCACAAAGCGCAAGGCAACCGAGGAUGGCUCUCCCACUGCCACCAAGAAGCAAAAGUCUGUGAAGACCCCGGCCAAGACCAAGGAUGCCACGGACGCCCCGACUGAAGCUGCUGAGCUAUCGACACCGGUUCCAAAGUCUGCCAAGAAGGCGAAGACUCCGGCGAAGAAGAAGGAUGUGGAGGAAGGGCCCUCGGAGGUAGCUGAGAAGCCAACCCCGAAGCCCAAGAAGGACAAGACGCCUGCAAAACCUAAGGAGACUCCCCAGCCUGCCGUUGCGGACACCCCGAAGCCCGCCAGCAAGGCCACUCCAAAGUCCGCCGCCAAGGAGACCCCGAAGACUGCCAGCAAGGCGAAGCCAAAGUCUGCCCCAGAGACUGCCCCAAAGGAGACACCCAAGCCCGCCGGCAAGGCCACUCCGAAGUCUGCCCUUAAGUCUGGAGCAAAGUCUGCCGCGAAGGAGACCCCUAAGCCUGCCGGAAAGGCGACGUCAAAGUCUGUCUCCAAGGAGACACCGAAGUCCGCUACCAAGGAGGCCGACGAGACCCCCGCGCCCAAGCCCAAUGCUAAGCAGGAGAAGACCCCAAAGAAGACGCCGGCCAAGGCAACCCCGGCCAAAUCCGCGAAGAAGUCUGGGAAGAAGGCCGAGCCCGAGCAGAUCGUUGAGGAACAGGAGAAGAUCGUCCAAGAGGUUGAGAAUGAUGCCACAGCCGCCGACGAGGAGGAGCAAGCCUCCUCUGAUGAGGAGGUUGAUGAGCAGACCAAAGCUCUUGUUCUGGCUGUCGACAGUGGAGAUGAGGACGAGCAAGCUUCUGGGGUGAUCACCUUCGAUCAAGGACAAGACGUGGGCACAAUUCCUGACGUCUCUAAGGAGCUUUCCAAGAAGGAGAAGAAGGAAAAGAAGGCACUCAAGGCCGCCUCUUCAAAAACCAAAGACUGGAGUGAUUUACAUCGGUCGAACAAGAAGACCGGCAGGGCGAAGCAUUUUGCGUUCGUGGAAUUUGAAGAGGCCAGCACUGCUGAGAUUGUGGCCAAGACCAUGGAUAAUUAUCUACUUUUCGGGCACAUUCUCAAGUGCAGUGUCAUUCCGAAGGCACAAGUCCACAAAGAUCUCUUCAAGGGAUCGAACAAGAGGUUCAAGUCGAUACCGUGGAACAAGAUGCAGGGCAAAGAGAUGGAGCGGCCGAAGCUUGAAAAGCAGUGGGAGAGGAGCAUCAAGCGCGAAAACAAGAAGCGAGCUGCCAGAGCGAAGAAGCUUGAGGCCUUGGGUUACGAGUUUAACGCACCGGAAGUCAAGUCCGUCACCGAGGCCAAGGCCAUCGCGGAACCGGAGGAGGCACCAAAGGCGAUCGAGGCGCCACCACCGGCAGCUGAGGCCGAGUCGGAGGCUGCUCCUGCUGAAAACGCUGUUGAGGAGAGCACUGUCGAGGAGCCAAAGGCAGAGGUGGAGGCAACGCCGGCUAAGAAGGCCACCAGAGGCAGAGGAAGACCUGCAAAGACGCCCCAGAAGGCCGCCGCAGCAGCAGAGACGCCUAGGAAGACGAGGAGGACCAAGGCGUAG